AUGUCUCUUUGUAUUUUCUUCUUUCUCUUGCUCUUAUUAUUUUUUCCUUUUUACCGACAGGAAUCUAUCUAUCUAUCUAUCUAUCUAUCUAUCUAUCUAUCUAUCUCAAUUUAUAUCUAUCUAUCUAUUGUAGCUGGGUCAUUAAUCUCUCUGACUUUCUCUCUCUUUCUCCCGCUCUAUGUAUCUAUCAUUAGCAACUGGGUCAGUAUCUAUCUAUCUAUCUAUCUAUCUAUCUAUCUAUCUAUCUAUCUAUCAUUUGUAGCUUGGUCAUUAAUCUCUCUGACUCUCUCUCUCUCUCUCUCCCGAUCUAUCUAUCUAUCUAUCUAUCUAUCUAUCUAUCUAUCUAUCUAUCUAUCUAUCAUUUGUAGCUUGGUCAUUAAUCUCUCUGACUCUCUCUCUCUCCCGAUCGAUCUAUCUAUCUAUCUAUCUAUCUAUCUAUCUAUCUAUCUAUCUAUCUCAAUUUAUAUCUAUCUAUCUAUUAUAGCUGGCAAAUGGGUCAGUAUCUAUCUAUCUAUCUAUCUAUCUAUCUAUCUAUCUAUCUAUCUAUCUAUCUAUCUAUCACUUGUAGCUGUGCUAGUAAUCUAUCUAUCACUUGUAGCUGGCCCCCUAGUGGCAUUCCGAACUUGCUUGGGAUCAAAUGAUUUAAAAAAAGAUCUAUCUAUCUAUCUCUCUAUCUAUCUAUCUAUCUAUGUUUUUCUUAUCUAUCUAUCUAUCUAG